GAAAGAUAUGAAGGAUUGAGGCCCCAACUACGCUUACAAAAAUCGGAAAACCAGAAACCCUCGGCGCUUUGCGUCGUCGUUCCUUUCUGAUCUGCUCAUCUCUGUGGAGCCCUACUUCUCCUUCAUCUUAUCGUCACUCGUUCCAAGGCUUCAAUCCUUACAAAUCCAACUGAGUUUUUCGAUAUCAAUUAAUUCAUUCAUGCGAAAUUUGGAUUUGGAUUGUGGAUCUUUUGAUCGCCGUUUGCUUUCGGUGGAUUUAGUUUGCUUCUCGCGAUCGGAGAAAUUAGUACGUGGUUUGUGCUGCAGACCUUGGAUCUGUUCUUGAGGUGGAAUUGAUCAGCCAAGAUCGGUUCGAGAAUUCCAGCGGCCGUGGUGAUCUUUUGAGUUUCGAUAUCGUAACCUUCGGAUUUUUCUUCAUCGGGAUUCUUUUAACUGGAGAAGAUCGAUUUGUUGCAAUCUCAUCGAAAGCGUCAAAUUUCGGAACGAUAGGUGGAGUUCCUGUGUUGUAAAGCUCGAGUUUCUCGUCGGAGGCUUCGAUUGAUAUUCGUCAUUCGGAAAUUUCUCUUGUAGAUGGUUGCAAGGAGGCUUUGCCUUUUAAGCGUCUUAUAUGAUCAAAUUUGGAGAGAUCUUUCGUCUUUCUUCUAGCAGUCAGAGAUUGCUUCUGCUUUGAAGAGAUCCUCAUGCGUUCAUAGGGUUAUUGUUUACAGAAGUCAUCCGAGGCAAAGAAAGGAUAUAAUUUCUUGUAUUCAUAAUCUUUUUAUUUUCAAUUUUUUUGAAAGUUCAAUAUCAGGCCUUAAAUUUUUCAUUUUUUUGGGGGCUUUUUACGGCCUCUUAAUUUUCUGCCAAGAUCGGCAAUUUGUUCUCGUUUCUCUCUUAAGUUUAGAGCAGAGGGUGGGGGGAACAGAAAAGAAAUUAUGGCAGUGUAUUAUAAGUUUAAAAGUGCAAAAGAUUACGACUCUAUUUCUAUUGACGGUCAUUUCAUAUCAGUAGCGAAUUUGAAAGAAAAAAUAUUUGAAUCCAAGCACUUGGGCAGGGGUACUGACUUUGACCUCAUGGUCGCCAACGCCCAGACUAAUGAAGAGUAUAUUGAUGAAGCCACGCUGAUACCAAAAAAUACUUCUGUUUUAAUUCGUCGAGUUCCUGGACGGCCUCGCAUGAACAUUGUUGCUGAACAAGACGAGCCUAAAAUAUCAGAGAAUAAGGUAGAGGAUGCUCAACCUGCAAAGAGCAGCUACACAGUACCAGAUUCUUCUGUCUCAAGAUUUCCUGAGGAAUCAGAAUGGGAUGAAUUUGGUAAUGAUUUGUAUGCUAUUCCGGAAGUGCUGCCAGUUCAGUCCAGCAAUCAAGUCCUGGAUGCUCCUCCCCCAAAUAAAGCUGAUGAGGAUAGCAAGAUUAAGGCUUUAAUUGAUACUCCUGCCUUGGACUGGCAGCGGCAAACUCAAGAUGGCUUUGGCUCUGGUAGAGGCUUUGGAAGGGGCAUGGGAGGAAGAAUGAUGGGAGGCCGGGGUUUUGGUCGGGCGGGUGGUGGGUUGGAGCGGAAGACACCUCCAGUGGGUUAUAUCUGCCACAGAUGCAAAGUGCCUGGGCAUUUUAUUCAGCAUUGCCCUACGAAUGGUGACCCAAACUAUGACAUCAAAAGGGUAAAACCUCCGACUGGUAUUCCAAAAUCAAUGUUGAUGACCACCCCAGAUGGCUCAUAUGCCUUACCAAGUGGUGCUGUUGCUGUUUUAAAACCAAAUGAAGCUGCUUUUGAGAAGGAAAUUGAAGGUUUACCUUCCACUCGGUCAGUGAGUGAACUUCCACCCGAACUUCGCUGUCCAUUAUGUAAGGAAGUAAUGAAAGAUGCUGUUCUGACAAGCAAGUGCUGUUUCAAGAGUUUUUGCGACAAAUGUAUCAGGGACCACCUUAUCUCGAAAUCGAUUUGUGUUUGUGGGGCGACAAAUAUACUUGCAGAUGAUCUUCUGCCUAAUAAGACACUAAGGGAUACGAUCAACCGCAUUCUGGAGUCUAAUAACAGCAGUGCAGAUAAUGCAGGGAGCAUGUUACAGUUACAAGAUAUGGAAUCUGCUCGCCCUGCACAACCCAAAGUACCAUCGCCAACUUUUUCUGCUACUUCAAAGGGAGAGCAUGUACCACCACCAUCUCAGGAUAUCACUCCAGAUUUGAAGGACACCAUGAAUGAAAAGAAACCCACCAUGAGUGCUCCACAGCCAUCUGUGGAGAAAGGUAGAACUGCAAAAACAAUGGAUUUUUCUGAAGCUACACGUGAAUCUGCAAGUAUGAGGGAAGCGACAUCACAAUGCAGUGCGCCACUUCCUGAGGAAGAAGUGCAGCAGAAGCUGCAAGUUGGUGAGCUAGGCAAAAAGAAGAAGAAGAAGAAAGCCCGUUUGCCUUUAAAUGCUGCAGAUAUGCAGUGGAGAAGCUCUCAGGAUCUCGCACCUGAAAACUAUAUGAUGCCUCUUGGUCCUUCAGCUUAUAACCCAUACUGGUCUGGCAUGCAACAAUUUGGGAUGGACGGAUAUGUUGCUCCUUACUCUGGUGCUAUGCCCUAUAUGGGUUAUGCUCCUGGUCUUUUUGAUGUACCCUUUGGAGGAAUGGUACCUCAAGAUCCUUUUGGUGGAGGCCAAGGGUUUAUGUUACCCGUUGUACCACCCCAGAGGGAUCUCUCAGAGUUGGCAAUGGGUCCAUACCCAGUACAGCAACAGCAAAUCUUGAGCAGGGAGGAAUUUGAGGCUCGGAAGGCGGACCUGAGGAGAAAGCGGGAAAUUGACCUACGACGUGAAAGCAGGGAACGUUCGAAGGAACGAGACAGUGGUAGGGAAGUUAGCAGCAGUGGUGAUGUUUCUUCAAUGAGAUCGAAACCUAGGCCUAUGGCUAUGUCCCAUAUGGGGAGCGCGGAUCAGGCCCAUUUCCAACGAACUGAGAGUGAGAGAGCGUCGAGCCGGGAGCGGUUCUCACGCGAUUCCGAGUCAACCCGGUAUGGAAAGAAGAGAUCGGAGCAUCCACCACGCCACGACGAUGAUUACCAUGACCACCACCACCGCCAUGAACAGCCGCAGCAGCACCAUCACCGCCACCACCAGGACGAUGAUGACGUUCGAACGACAUCGGUUGUUGAGGCAGCAGCACCCAAGGCUGGAACGGCAGCAGAUCGGAAGAUGAAGGGGAGCGUGUUUUCCCGGAUUAGCUUUCCCGAGGAAGGAAGCAGUAAGAAGAGGAAGCUGUCGUCUUCAACGGAGGAGAUCAUCAGUAAGGAAGUUGCUGCAAACGGGUAUAAGGAGUUGGAGCCCUCUCAGUCUUCUCAUAGCAGGCCAUUGUCUAAUGGGUACCGUGACGAGUGGAAGCCACCACCACCACCGGUGAAGGGUGGUUCAACGGUAGUGUCGGCGAGUGCGAGUUCCGGUACCGGCGUAGUUGGACGACGGAAGGGCAUGGUCGAUCACGACUCCAGCGAUGACGAGAGGCAUUUCAAGAGGAGGCCUUCUCGGUAUGAGCCACCACCACCGCCACCUGACGAAUGGGAAGACGAAACUCGUCCUUCUCGAAGCUCGCGGGAGCGAGAACGAGAUCGAGAUCGUGGGAGAGACCAUGAACGCGAAAGAGGGUACAGUAGCAGCAAACACAGGUAGGGAGAAAGAAUUGCCAAUUUCUGGUCGUUCAUAUCUCUCUUUCUCGCUCUAUCUUCCACGGAUAUGCCCAGAGGGGUCGGUGCUCUCGGAAAGGAGGGAAAGGUGGAGUCGCGAGAGAAAGGGGAAGGAGAGGAAGAAUCUUCGAUUUGUAUGAUCUGUGACACGCGGUUUAUUAUAUGUAACCCCUUAAUGUUCCAUUACUUCUUGUUGCCUACUUCCAAGUUCUUACUGUUUUCGUUAUCAACAAUCAGAUAAAUAAAGUAAAUUAUGGGAUAAUUUUUCUUCA